CACUGGCAUCCGUGGGUAACAAGCCAGGCAGGUUCAUAGCUUGCCCGAGAGCUGCUUGUGUGUUUCUUAGCCGUGUGGUUUAGGAGGUUACAGCCCACUGGGAAGCCCCGUUGGGUGGAACACCUGAUCCCCAGUGAGGACUGGCAGGGAGGCCCGUGGUGGGUGCACAGGAGGUGGCUUUCGUGCAGGUCUUGGUUUCAGCAGCUUUGCUUUGGCCAAGAUGCCUUCGCUGCUUAAUUAAGCAGUCACUGCUGGACACUUCAUUUUUAAAUAGGAAGAGAAAAUGUCACUGAGAACAACCAACCAUUGCUGAAUAAAUACGAAACCCCCAUGAGACUUGGGCCCACAGAUGCCACAUCUCUUCCCAGGGAACACAGAGCCCCGUCCAGGUCACAGACAACAUGAUGAAUGUGCCCGUCGUCUGUGACUAUGGCUCAGGCUUCAGCAAGGUGGGCUUUUCGGGCACAGAAGCUCCCCUGGCCAUGUUCCCCACCAUCCUCGGGAAACUUCGACACGACAAUCUGUUGGUGGGGAUGGAAGAGGAAGACUGGUUCAUCGGAGAUGAGGCUCAGGAAAAGCGAGGGGAGCUUAAUCUGCAAUAUCCCAUCUCCCGGGCAACCGUCACUAACUGGGACAACAUGGAGAAGAUUUGGCAUCACUCCUUCUACCAGGUGCUCCGCAUCGCCCCGGAGCAGCAUCCUCUGAUGAUGACAGAGCCGCCUUUAAACACAAUGCCCAGCAAAGAGAAGAUGUCACAGAUCCUGUUUGAGACCUUCAACGUGCCGGCCCUGUACUUAGCCAACCAGGGAGUCCUUUCUCUAUACGCCUCUGGCCAGACCUCGGGAACAACCAUUGAAUCUGGAGAAGGAAUGACAUACUUUGUGCCCAUCAUUGACGGCUGUGCUUUACAUCAGUCGACCAUCCAGGUGGACAUGGCAGGCCAAGACCUAACAUUGUACCUCCUGAAACUAUUGACAAACAGUGGGCACUCGUUGGUGAGCACAGGUGAUCGGGAAUAUAUCCGGAACGUAAAAGAAAAAUGUUGCUAUGUGGCUCUGGACUUCGACAAGGAGAAAGUGAAAGCUGACUGUCCUUCCUACGCACAGAAGUAUCAGCUGCCCGAUGGCCAGGAGAUCACCCUUGGGCGGGAGAAGUUCUUCUGCCCUGAAGGGCUUUUUCAGGCAGAUCUCAUAGGGAGACGUGAGCCAGGCAUCCACAUGAAGGCCUUCCAGAGCAUCAGCUCUUGCAAUUCUGCCCUCUGGAAGAUUCUCUUCAGCCACAUCGUAUUGUCUGGAGGAACUGGCUCCUGUUCUGGCUUGUGCUUCCGGUUGCAGAAAGAGAUAUCUGCCCUGGUUUCCCCUACGAUUAACGUGAAGGCCAGAGGGGCUCUCUCCUGCAUCAUCCUCGCUCCAGAAUCUGGCCGACAGAGCGGACACUGUCUGGAACAUUGUCAUUUACUGUGGGUGAGCAUAAGAUCCCCCUGGUGGGCCUUUCAUCGGCAACGAAAGUCUCCAGCCCGACCGGGACACUGGGCACAUCUGCUCACGGUUAAUUGGGCAGGACGAGUCACAUGGCCCCAAACCACCACAGGGACUGGGAAGUGCCAUCCUGCUACAGACACGCCGUCCCAAAUGGGGAGGACAGCGCAGAUGCUCUGGUCAGGAGGACACCAUUAGGGCGGCAGCCAGGGCACACAUGAUGCCAGGGGUUUAAUCCUCAUGCGCCCAGCUGUGAGAUUGGUUUAUUAAAACCGAUUUCAUGAUUCAGGAACUGAAACUAAGAGAGGCUAAUUAACUUGGUGAAGGUCAUUGAGACAAUGAUGGGGAAUUCAAGUCUGUGCAUAAACCUCAUAGGGGUGCAGAGGGUGAGCAACAUAGGAGAGAAGGACCAAAACAGUGGGGGAGCAGCUCCCCCACCGAGCACAAGGUUUCCCUGUCAACAGAGCCCUGGGAGAGUCCCAUACACAGAUGCCCUCUGAUGACAUUUCUGAGCAUCAAAGGUGACGAAUAAAUUCUAGACACAGUGAGAGACGACAACAGCAAACAGGUAAACUCUAAAGUAGGGCUACUAGGAAAAAUCCAGAAUGCCAGUUAAACCUGAAUUUCAGAAAUAGAGCAAAAAACUUUUAGAAGAAGCCCAUCCCAAACAUUGCCUGGGUUUUUGUUUGCUAAAUCUGGCAACUACUCUAAAAUAAAGAGGUCCUACUGCAUCAGAACUCCUACCUGCAAAGAUGGUGUCGGAAGAUAAGAAGCUGCAGGGAAUUCCCUACCUCGUCCCACCGCUUGAACCAGCUGAACUUGAACUCCAUCC